AUGCUGUCUGCCAGCUCAGGUCCGGGAUUUGGAUGCACAUUUCCAGCCAACAAAAGAAGAGUCCCCAGUAACGAGAACCACCUGCUCGUCAUCGUCAUCAUCUCGGUCGGAGCCUUCACCAUCAUCGUAGUCAUCGUCGGAGCCUUCCUCUCGGUCAUCUCAGCUCACCCCAUCCACUCCCUGGACUCGCUCCAGCCUCAGCACUACCACAGCCUGGCCUCGCCCACGCGCACCUACCUGUACCACCCCCAGGCCAGUGGAGGGCGCUACCACCCCUGUGCCUCCCCCAUCGCUCACCUGUCCCGGGGCGAGUCUAUAGGUGAGGCCUUCCAUCUCACUCACUGUGGCUCCUGCUCCGCUCUGACCCGCUGUGGAGAGUGUGUGACCUGA